AUGAUAUUUACUAUGCCAGAUGAAAAUGCACAACUUCAUGGAAUAUUCGAUCGUUUACAAUCUUAUAAAACUGUAUCCUUUGAGAAUGAUACUUUACGACAAUGGUUUAUAGUCAUUGGUCUAAUUACUGUUAUUCUACUUUUGUUAUUAGUAUGCAUACGAUGUAUUAGUCAAAUGCGGUAUGAGUAUCAAAAGACUAAUAUAAAUGAAGAAUAUCCGACAUCAUGCAAAUCUUGUUCUCAACAAAAACUAUUAGUUAAUAGAAAUGAAUGUAUAUGUAAAUGUUAUCCGAAAGUAAAAUCAAUCGAUAACACACGUCAGAUAUUAACUCAAUGUACAAAAUAUCAACAAAUUAAUGAUAAUGAUUAUCGAAUUUCACUUCCGAAUAAAAAUUCUUCUAUGUAUACUGUAUAA